AUGCCGGAAAUCCUGGUCUUUCACAACAACAACAACACCCUGGAGGACCCAUCUAAAUCUUCGUUUCGGAUGUCCGGAGCCGGCGGGCUCUCUUCCCCCCUCCCCCGCGCCACUCCCCUCAGCCAUAACACCCGGCGACCACUAGCCCGAUUGAAUGCACAGCACUUGAUUAAGUCUUUUGCAGCAGUCUCGCUUCAACUCGACAACAGCAGACAACAGCUCGCCAACCCUCUCGCCGCUCGGAGAGCCCCGCAAGCGGACUUAGCUAAGCUCGACAUACAACCCGCCUACAUCCCCUCGGUCAUUGCUUCUCAUCCAUCGCGCUAUUCCGCCCUUAUCCGCUUCUCUCUCAGUCUCUCUCUCUGUCCCCCCUGGCCAUACAUUGCAUCUCUGCUCCAGUUGACUUUGUAUCUGGCCAGGCCAUCUUCAAGUUUCAUCCUUGAUCCCCCAUUUCACAGCCGAAGCGGAACACCAUCACCCCCACCCCCACCUUCGCUUUGGAUUCAGGACUUGGCGUAA